UCUGCUUCAGAGUUAGUUGGGUCAGAAGAGGCGGAGUGGUGGGACGUGCUGCACGGAAGGCCGUGAGCUGAUUACCAAAUUUCCUUUUUGGUGUUUGGAUAACUCAAAACCGAUAUCCAUACGGAUGGUGAAACAUUUGAUGGAUGGAGUGAAAAGGCAAUCAAAUUUAACACCGUGGUUUAGUUUUAAGAAUUAAAACCCAACUAAGAAAGUGAAUAGUUCUUGCAUCGGAAAUUUUGUCAAAAUUACUGAGAAUUAUUGGUGUUUUAAGUGUUUUUAAAUCUGCUUCAAAAUUCAAAUAGUGAAUCAAAUCGGGAAGUGACUUGAAUCUCAUUUUACUGGCCUUAGACGUUAAGUAGGCUAAGAAGUUGCCCUGCACUAUCUGGAAGACCUCGGCUAAAGGGCAAGAGGGCCAGUGAGAAAGAGAGAAAGAAAGUGUCUUGAGCUUGUUUUGGAAGACGGUGGCCUCCCGUGUUAGGAUAUCGAUGGCUGUAUGGUGAAUAUUUCUGCCUACAGGAUACGGUCCUAAAGGCCCCUCGGAUAUCGGAUAUUGUUACCCUUCAGCAGGCCCUGCCAAGGGAAACACUCGCACUCAUGGAUGCACCGAACAUGGACAUGGAACUCUUCGAGGCUUUGCUGGCCAACAUGCAGCAAAACCUUCCGCAAGGCGCUUAUGAUGACCUAGAUGACGACGACGACGACGAUGAUUACGAUGAAGAUGACGAUGAUGAAGACGAUGAUUAUGAUUACGCUGGCAAUGAGCACAGCAUUCAUACCAUGGCUAAUCCUUAUGGAGCUGGUGAUGGUGGUGUUGGUGGGGGUGAGCUUGGUGGAGGUGACUUAGGCGGUGUGUCCUUGCCUACUAUGCAGACUAUGAGCAUGAGUAUUUUGCAAGGACUCCUCAACAUGAACCCUGGUGCUGUGCCUGAUAUGGGAGGGGGUAUGGGUGGUGCUGUUAGUCCUGGCAUGGCUGGCAUGGGAAGCUCAGUGGAAGGUGGAGCAGGAAAUUUUUUAUCAAAUAUGCCAUCGUUCCUUCCUUCGAUGAAUUCCGACAUGGCAGGUGCUCUCGCUGGGGCAUUUGCUGGUGGCAUGAACGCUCUGAUGGAAGGGUAUGGAGGUGCUGGAAAUGGAGCAACCCUUCACGACUACGAUGACGACGACGACGACGAUGAGGUUUUGUCCGAUGAAGAGGAGGAAGACGAAGAUGAAGAUGAUUUAGAUGACAGGCAGGGUAUGAGUCCUGUAGCAGCAGCUGCAGGUGGUAUUGCUUUGGGCGCUGUUGGUGGAAUGGUCGCAUCAGGGCUUCUGUCUUCGGGCCAUCCUUCAGCUUCCCACCUAGUUCCAGGAUCACAUCCUGGUCAUCCGGCAUUGGCAGGACAUGGCCAGCAACCUCCCUCACAUGGCCCCAUGACAACUCAUGGAGCUCUGCCUUCUAGUGGUCCAAUGUCAUCACAUCCACCCGUUGGGUUCGUAUGUCCAUAUCCAUCUGAUGUGAUGGGACCAUCAUCCUCGCAUGGGCCAAGACCUCACGUUUUAGCCCCAUCCUCGUCUUCUAUACACCACACAAGCAUGGCACCAAGCAUGAGUGGUGGUUCUGUGCAAAGUGUUGAUCCUCUUGCAGGUGUAACUAUGGCUGCUGCAGGUGUAGUAGCGGGUGCCAGUAUUUUGGCACCUGUUGUUGGUAAUCUUUUAGCUUCCAGUGACAGCAAGCCCUUACCCAAAUUAGACACAUCUGAUGCCUCAAGUGUAACACUUGUUGAUGAGGACUCCUCAAACUCACCAGCAAAAUCUUUAUCUAAUCAGGAUCGUCCUGCUGAAUCAGCUGUUACUGCAGCUGCAGUAGCCCUGGAAAAGACUCACAUCACCCAGCCAGAAAAAGGUUCCAGCAAAACAGACAUGCCAAAAGCAAGCAGUAGUCCAACAGAGAAUAAAAAAUCGAGUGAAGAAGAGGGGAAGGAUAAAAAUAUUGAAGUUACUCCACAAUGCAGAGUAACGCCUUCAGAUGAACUUGAGGAUGAUAAGUCCAGUGUAGGGUCUGACUCCGUACAAAGUUCAGAAGCUGGAGAUGGGAAGUCAGAUACUGAAAGUGUUCGAAAGAAAACUCCAUCCCCUGUUCCCGAGGGAAAGCUAGGUCGAUUAAGUCCCACCGGCAGUGAUUCUGCACCUGUGUUAGAAUCAGCAAGUUGUGCUUCUAUCACAGAUCUGGCGAGUGCCACUGAGUCAAUGCGUGACUCAGAUACAGAUAAUCACUCUGAUGCUCAUAAUGUAACUGCUAAUCUAUCAGACCUUGACAAUGAUAUUCACGAAAACCAACCCAAAGUAGCACUCCAAACUCAGUAUGCUGUUGGUGCUCUUCCAAUAGUCAUUGAGAAACCUACUUUUGGAUGGCAGUCAAUGGUUGGCUUAGACACUGCAAAAGAUGCCUUGAAAGAGUUAUUCAUGGGUGACGCUUUUCCAGAAGUUUUUGAAGGCACACAAGGUAUAUGCAAAGGUGUUCUUUUGUUUGGUCCAUCAGGCUCUGGGAAGACCUGCCUUGCAAGAGCAUUGGCCAAGGAGUCAAAUGAUGCUAUUUUGAUAGGAAUAUCCACUGCAUAUUUAGCAUCACAAGUGCCUCUAGAAGCCCCAAAGAUAGUUCGAUAUCUGUUUGAUCAUGCAAGAAUGCAUAGUCCAGCUGUAAUUCUAUUUGAUGAAAUAGAUGCAUUGUGCUAUGACAGAUCUAGUGAGACUGUGUUGAGGGCGAAAGCCGAACUGCUGGCUCAAAUUAGAGGCCUGACGACACUCAACCCUCCAUAUCCACCACGUAUUGAUCCAGUGGCUUUUAAUGAUGGUCUUAUGGUAUUGGGUACAACAAAUCAGCCAUGGCUCCUUGAGGAAGAUCUCAGGCGAAUCUUCACUUAUAACAUUCACGUAAAACUCCCAGGAGAAAAAGCUCGAGAGGAACUACUGAGGAUGUUCCUGCAAAACUUGACGCACAAUAUUAAUGAUGAUCAAUUCAAGUGCCUUGUUGCAAAGAGCGAGGGAUAUUCUGCUGCUGACAUCAACACUGUGAUCAGACAGGUGGCACAUAUGCCACCAGUUGACCCAAGCAAGUUCAUCGGAAACAUGGCUAGAGUUAUUACUUAUGAUGAUCUUGCCACUGUGAUGACAGACUAUAGGUGCAGGUUCACCUCUGAAGUUUCUAUGAAAUAUCAGAGUUACAUCAAAGCAGCCACUCAUAGAUCAGAGGAUCGGCAAGAAGAAAGUAAAAAGGAAAAAGAAAGACCCAAGGGUGUUAAAAGAUUUGGCCAAAGGAUUGCGAAGUCCAUUGCGGCCGCACUUGUUGCUGUGAUAGAUUAAACUGUGUGUAGCUUAUAGUGAAAAGACAGAUCCUGGUGUGGUUCACAAUUAACGGUUGCACGUGAGAAUUGCCAGACUGAGUAACGGUCACAGUUGGUCAAAGAAACUCAUGUAAUUAGAUGUGUACAGUCAGACUGUGAUGAACCCCCCUUUUCCAUUACUAGACCUCCACUGACCAUGUCUCUGCCUGAUAUUUGGUUAUGAGAUUGAAACUGUCCUGAGAACUUGGGAAACAGCUUCACAUGGUAUUGCCUUCCAUCGGGAGAGUAGUUGCAGCUGUGCACCAACCAGGGUCAGAAGAUUUUAGUCACUCAUUUUAUUUUCAUUUUUUUUUCUUUUUAUGAUCCCCACUAUCUACAAGUUAAACCCGACCUGCACGCCCAGUCCCGCCUUGUCAUUGAACCCUCCGUUAGUCCCAUUGCUCCUUUGGGCCGCAGCCUACAGUGAAGUCCAUUCCUACCACCAUCAACAAGUCCCAAACUCCUAGCAGCCUUUUGAGUGUCAGUGAGAUGUGAGUGUACAUACAUCAAGAUUCCAAAAGUAAACUGUUGUGUGACAGCCGUGUCUGUUGUCAAGUGAGGAAAGUGAUGUACUGUAUGAUCUAAAGUGCCACAUAUUGGUAACUGAAGUGCCUUAGAACUCUGAACUUGGAGUGCAUAGUUGCCUGGAUUUUUUUCUGAUGUGGAUAUAUUGCAGCUGCUUGAUUUUUGAGUGUGUCAAAGGCUGCCAGGUGGCGUGAUUGAUAUAUCAUUUGGGAUGUGUAUACAGUAAAUAUAAAUGUACAUGUUUUUCAAUAUGUAAUACACAGCAUCAUUAGGUGUGGGGAGAUUAAGAUGCCUGGUCUAUGUUGUACAAAUCUUUUUAAUUCAUUUCGCCUAAGUCACGUGAUCUCAAAAGUACGAAUGCGAUAACUUCCCCAUUUUAUUAUGUAGUUAAAGUGUGUGUUUUCUUUAGUUGAUUGAAAGUGAUAACAUACAUACAUUAAAUGUCAUAUUAUUUUAUUAUUGCUAUUAUUAAUGUUAUUGUUGUUGCAGUUGGAUACAAAAAAGACAAAAUUUAGAACUAAAGUCAGAAUCGCAGAUGGAGUGACUUCAAGGUGACACCGAAAAAGACUAAAAGCUGUUCUGACAAAAUCUCAAUCAAUUGAUGGGCAUGCUCAUGGUCAUUAUUAGUACUGUAAUGUUUGAGUACUGUAGUUUAUUUUGACAAGCAAUCCAUGGGUAACAAGGUAUGUCUCUGGGGCAUUGUUUAAUUUCUUUUUUCUUUUUGCUUGAGAAAAAGUAUACCCGUUUGAUUUGACAUAUAAAAUUCCUUAUUAGAUGACUAUUGUCAUAGUUUCUUUCAUUCAGAACAUUAAAUUGCUGCUUGAUGAUUGAUUGGCAUUGGGUUUUUUUUUUUUUUUUUUUUGUUAAAAAACCUGGAAUCUAAAUUCUGAGACAGUUGAUGAGCUAUGUCCAAUGAAAGACAAACCUUUUAAGUCUUAGUGCUGCCUUGUCAGUGCUACUGUUUUCAAUUGUCACUAAAACUCUGCCUGCAUGUAGUCAAGUUUUUCACUCAUAACUUUGAAAUACAAUUAUGGUAAUGGCUACGAAUAAAUAUUUGGCAGAGCACUGUGGUUCCCUUAGGUUAAAAGAUAAACAACUGAAUGUUUUAGGUCUUGCUACAGUGAUGUUUGUGGGUCAGGGUCGGUGCUUAUCCUCAGCUGAGGUGGUGGAAUUCAGCUUCUGCUUUAAUUUUUUUUUUUUUUAAUUUUUUGGUUAUGGUACAUGUAUUUGAUCCUAUUUGGUUCUUGCUGUUUAGCUUGUUAUUAAGGGUUCCUUUGGACUUUUAGAAGAUGAAAAGUCCCUGUGGAGUUCCUUCACUUUUGGCUGUAGGUUGAGCACCUAACCUGUUUUAAAGCUAAAUUCAGCUGCCCAGUUUCAUUUUGAAAUAUGGAUGGCGAGAAUCCCCUUUUUUAAUUUAAGGGCAAACGUAAGGGGUCAACACUGGCUACUCUCUUGAAGCAUUACAUAGUACAUGAUUUUGAUAUAUUUUAUGUAUAUUUUUUUUAUUGCAUUUCCUGCAUCAGCAUCCAUUUAAAAAUCAGAAAAGAAAAAAAAGAAGUCUGACUCCAUAUGAGUGUGGUGGCUGUGGAGGAUGUGGCCAGGAAACCCUAGUCCAAAGUCAUUUAUUGUCUUUCCUUAGGGCACUGAAGGUGUAUUCAGUGUUAUGCUAUAGCCUACACAGUAUCUGCACCUUGUAUUUUCCAGUGCACUUUUUUUCUGUGCAAGAUGUUAACCCAUUUAAAGUAUGCAGUUAUGCAACUCUUUUAUUAGCCUUAGCAUUAUUCAUGCUUAGCUAGUAAGGAUGUGACUGUAAAACAGUCGUAUUAUGAAUUAAACUAUGGUAUUGCCACAGAUCUUUCUGGGCCGUUUGGGUUGUGCUACUUGUGAACAUAUUCACCAAGGUACGACUCUUAACGAUCCUUUUUGUAGUUUUUAAAAUGAGUACCCUCUGCCCAGACAAUCCAGAUUUUCUCCCUUCUCAUAGAGUGUAUGAGAAAUUUCCCCUUAUGUCUAUUUAGCUAUCCGUGGGCUUGUCUCUAGUGCAAAUGCUUGUCCAUAUAUAUUUUUUACGCUGGUUACUGCAUCUUGGUGAGCAUGGUCUUCCAUACAAGGGGAAGAGAAAUAACUUAGUUGGUAAUAAGUUUCAAAUGACUGAAAAUGGAUGUAAGAUCAAAUAAUUAUUCUCUUGUGCAAUAUGACGAUUUUAUAAGGUCGGACUUUGGUCUAAGUGCUUGUGAAAUGACAUCAAAAUAUAUCUAGGAGGUAACUUAGCUAUACUGCAGUACUUCAAUGGAGCUGAAAGUUCACGGAAUGCUAUACAGUAACUAACCAACUGUCAGAUUCAGGGUUUUUAGCCGGAAUUUGUAUGCUACAUUAAAGCUGUAGACUUUGCCCAAAAUUUUUUCCAUGUACACGAAAUACUUUAGCCCAUUUGAUGGUGUCAAGCUAAUACAAUUAAUGUUGUAGCCUAGCUGAUGGUGUUAAUUGAUAUGUGAUUAUUGAUAACUGAAGUUGUGACUAAGCAUUGCAUUUAAAUUAUGGACUUUUCAAGUACUGUAUUUGUGAAUUUUAUAGUUUUAAAAAUGUUCAGCUGAUGUAUGCAAGUAACAAGGUUCCAUAAAUUGUUAUUUACAGCCUAGAGUCAAGCCACAGCUCUACUUAAUUAUUUAUCUCCUGUGCUAUGCAGUGAGUAAACAAGGAUUUAAUUUUUAACAGAAUAAUCUGAGGUGGGACAAAUGUUGCAAUAUGUACAUGCCUCUACUUUAAGCUCAUUAUUUGUUCACAAUUUUGUUUUUCUGUUUUCUUUUUAAAAUGCUUUUCUUGUCUGUGUCUUAAUACUUUGCUGUAGUGUUUCUCACAAGAUCCCAAUUAUUUGAUUGAUGUGUAAAUAUUUGCUUUGUUAGCAUUGUUAAUUUCUUUUAUAAUAAAUUUUUACUGGCUUAUUAUAAGAUGAGGUGUUUGAACAAACAACUGCACAUUUUAGGCAAGACCUCCAGAGGAUAGUGCUAGGUAUUAGUUUUAAAGUUGUCGUGGUCAUCUGAUUAUUGUAUAUAAAGAGUGAAUCUUGUGUGCAAGUUCAAUUCAAGCAGGUUUGGAUUUAUCUGAUAUAUAAACUAGGAGGACACAUUGUUUUGUAUUGCACUGCUAAAUGUGAAUACAGUAUUUUGUUUAUUAAUUGUACAUUGGUUGUCAUUGUUUUAGGCAUUUCAAUCUGAAUGUUGUAUUGUGAAUUUGCACAUUCUAAAGUCUGUGUGAAUCUAUAUGAUCUCUCGUAUAAACCCAAGUAUAAAUUUGUUUGAAAUUACAGUAAUCACAGUAUCAAAGGUGGAUUACUAUGAAUUACUAAUUAGUGGGGUUCUUUUAAAUUGGUGUCUUACCAGUUACGUUUUGCUUGAAUUGGCUUUUGAAAUGGUAGCUAAAAGCUAAGGAAACUUAAUAAAAGUACUUGGUUAUUUUUUUAGAAUGUCUUUGGUGUGAGAGAAGUGUCAAUGCCAGACAGCUGUGAACUGGUACCUAUUAAUUAUUCGGUAAUCUUGUCACCCAAUGCUUCCCUUAAUCAGUCCCCUUUAUAUACCUUUUUUUUAUGCUCACUUUACCAUAUCAGUUUUAUCCUUUUGUGAUUUCAUGUCUUAUGUAUAAUGUCAGUGUCUCGGUGCUUUAUUGUAUUAUGCAGGCAAAUUUUCCCCUUAAUAUUUCCAUAUUGUGAUCAGAUGGGCUAUCUAUAAUGUUGAAUCUGGGAGAUGUGAAUGCUUUUAAUGAUGCCUUUUUUAUUAUAUAUAUUUUGUUGUUGCUUGGAGCCAUGGAUGUGUAAUUUGAACAAAUUUACUGGAAUCCAAAAAGAGGAAUGGCAAGCAAGGGUGUUAAAAAGGUUCAAUUUGCUCUGCCUUGAAUGUGAUAAUUCAGAUUUAAUUGUGUAACCAGAAAACACAACUGACUUUUAACAGUCCUUUUCAAUUUCCAUGCAUGUCAAGUGCUGUGAUUGGCAUUAAUUUUGUUGUAAAGUUAGAUGUAGUAGUACUUCUAUUUAACAGGGUAACUCUGAACAGUUAUUGUUUCAAAUUUUCUAUAUUGCUAUUUCUUAUUUAUUUGGGGGGUUAAUCAACUUCAUGCCAAAUGAUGCUCAAAUCCCUCCUUGUUUAAAGUUAGUUGUGUUUCUUCGGUUUCCAAAAUAUGCCUUUACUGUAUCAGAAAAUAUAUGCAAAGCAAUUGUAGGAUCAGUUGGUCUAAUAAAUGUUAUUUUAUUGCCAGA